UCGUCGUGCAAAUAGUUAUCCUCCCAAAAUUGUCUGUGUUUUUCGGUGGAAAAUGGCACAGAGCCCUGUCCAUGCCAAUACUAAUCAUGAUGAAGACCAAGAUGUUCUGAUUGGAGAGGAACCAGGAGCAAGUGAUCAUCCCAUGUUAGCAACAGAAGAUUCCUAUGAGGAGCUUGACUAUGAUCUGAACGUCGACGCCCCAGUUCAACAGACAAGAAGAGAACGUCUCGCUAGUGGGACUAUUGCAAGUAUUGUAGAGGAACACAUUGGGUCUGUGGAGGAGCUAGCUACAGAGGCAACAGAAUUAGAGAAUAAUGUAGAAGACCUUGAGGAAGAUCUUGAGGAGGAAGUAGAAGCUUUACAUAUAACCGACGAUACAACGCAACAUGGUAGAGAAGAUGGGGCAUCAAACAGGGAUGAGACACCAACAAAUAGCACAGAAGAAGAUGCAAGACGAAGAGAAGCAAUACUUAGAGAUACAACAGAAGAAGAUAUUCACAGCAGUACCUGGCGUGAUCAUAAGAAACAUGUGUUUAUCCUCAGUGAAGCAGGGAAACCUAUAUACUCAAGAUAUGGAAAUGAAGACAAGUUGGUGUCGUUAAUGGGUGUUAUGUCGGCAUUAAUAUCAUUUGUACAAGAUGGAAAAAAUAGUCUCAGGUCCAUUGUAUCCGCUGAUCGUACCUUUGUUUUCCUGGUCCGUCAGCCGCUCAUACUAGUUGCUGUAUCCAGAACUCACGAGUCACAACAGCAACUUUUGAUGCAACUCACUUAUGUCUACAAUCAGGUCCUUAGUGUACUCACAUUCUCACAGCUAAGUCGAGUCUUAGAAACGAGGAAGAAUUAUGAUCUACGAAGAUUGCUCUCAGGCACAGAGAAGUUUUUAGAUAAUCUACUCAACUUGAUCGAUCAAGACCCAAGUUUCUUACUAACAGCUGUCCGAUGUUUACCACUGGACAACACAAUCAGAGAUAUCAUCGGCCACAGUAUGCAGAGUGCCAAAAUCAAGGAUCUUGUGUUUGCCAUUUUGAUUGCCGACAAUCAGUUAGUCACACUUUGCAGAAUGAAGAAGUAUGUCCUACAUCCUGCCGAUCUUCAUUUAGUGUUUAAUCUCCUGAAUGCCUCGACGUCCUUCCAGACCGCUGAUUCCUGGAUACCAAUCUGCUUACCAAAGUUUGACAGUACAGGGUUCCUACACGCCCACAUCUCAUACCUUGAUAACAGCAAGGCGUGUCUACUCCUACUCACUGUGGAUAAAAUGAUGUUCUUUGAAUUGGCCCAAUGCAAAGAGAAGAUUCUGGAGAAAUUAAAAAAGCAUAAUUGCUUGGAAGCGAUUACAAAAGCAAUAGCGGAUGGUGGUUACCGGUGUCGAGAAGUUGGUAUCAGUGAUUUAAGACAUUUCAUUUACAAGUCCAAGAGUACUGCUCAGUUCACUGCGCCGGACCUAGAAGCUCCGUAUAAAGACAGCGAUGAAAGAGCAAGGUUAUUUAGCAUGUAUCAGUACGUUCAUCAAAGAGUUCACAAUGCAGCCAGACCACUCAAGAUUAUGUUUCAUGUUGGAUCGAGAGAAGCGUUGUUAGGCUGGGUUACGACAGGUUUUGAACUUUAUGCAGUCUUUGGUCCCUUAGCAACCAAACAAGUAGCCAUCUUAGCCGUCAAUAAAUUACUUAAGUGGAUCAAGAAAGAGGAAGAUCGGUUGUUUAUCCUCAACCCUCCAGAAUAUUAACGUUUAAGGUGAUGCGUUCAUCUGUAACUGGUACUCUACAUGGAUUGUGUGAAUCAGUCAUCAACAGCAACUUACGGAAACCAGUCAACUGCCCAGUGGAAAUAAGAAAAUGUCCAACAUUGCACUUUGGAAAAGGCGUGAGAAUUACAUCAGAUUUUAUUCAUCAUCCAAAAUGAUAUCAUCGUUUAGAUAUUGAUUUUAAUUUUUGUAUUUAUUGGUUUUUAUUUUAUUUUUCGUUAGAUUUGAAUUUUUGCAAGGUUAAUAAUAAUAGUAAUAAUCGGAUUUUAUAUAGCGCUUUUCACACCCAAAUGGCUUCUCAAAGCGCUCCAACUUAUUACCUCUGUGGUCACUGGGCCCUAAUUCAUUCCUUAAACCAUCUCAGUUCCAUAGGGGUACAGCCUAUGCAACAAAUAUACGCUACUACAUGUACAUGUACAUGUACAUGUACUUAGCUAAAUCAAUCACAACGAACCAUUUGUUAAGGGAAUA